AUGAGUAAACCCAGGCUUGGAAAUCCGAAUAAGUUGCCACAUGCUCUUGGGCGGCAGUUUCUAGAUGAAAAUUCGAGCACAACGACAGAUAGCGAAAAAGAGAGUUUUGACUUCACAGCAUUGAUGAAGAGGUUGAAAGAAACCAGGAAGACUACAAUGCCAAGAAGAAAUACCAAGGAAAAUUUGUUGGCCACUACUCAACAUGAUUUGAAUGAGUAUCCUUAUCCAAUUAACAAAAACAAUGAGAAUCAGAAUUUGGAAAUGAAUAAUAGCGAUUUUGAUAAUGAUGAUAGCAAGGAAAACGAUACAGAUUCCGAGAUAGAACUGUCAUGGAGGCCAUUAGAUGAGAUUGAAUUGAAAAGAAGAGCCAUUAAUAAAACUGAUAAACUUUUUAAACCGAUGGGUGAUUUGAAUGGCGAAUUUACAUCUGAAAAGAUAAGUGAAAAAUGUGCUAAACUUCUUGGGUAUCCUCUUCCUGAUUACAUCAAACGUCCACAAAGAGUUAGCUUAGUUGAAAAAGGGAAUGUCAUUGAAUUCAAGGACUAUCAAAAUCAACAGAAGUCCCUUUUUCACAAUAAAGAUUUCAAAUUCGAGUAUCCUGUGAAGCGUGGACAUGAAGAGGGUGAGGACGAUAAAGAGUACUUUCAAGUAGAAGAAGUACUUCGAACCAUCAAGGAAGACAUAAAGCAAACGUAUUCUAAAGUUGAUAACAUUAACAAUUUCAUUCAAAGUAGGAUUGAUACCGGCCAUAAAGAAGCCAAAGCAGAAGAGAAAGAGAAAGAGAACAACAAGAUAAGAGAAGAAAUACCAGGAAUGUUCCCGCAAAAAAUUGUAUACCUCAAUCACUUUAUUGAUCCUCCUGAAAAACAGCCAACUUAUUUCAAUGCGCUUAUGAACAUGAAAUGGAUAGUUUCAUGGCCAGUGAAAUGGAAAGUUGCUUAUUUUGUCACCGUACAUAUUUUGUCGUUCUCAGACGAACAAUACACUUUCUCAGGUAAAUCUUACGACCUACUGACUAAUACCAAAUACCUAACUUUAUCUGAAGUUGAUAGGCUUUUUGGUUGCUAUAUGACUAUUUACGUGAUAUCAAGAAACAUAUAUGAUAUUACUUUCUCCAUCAGGGAAAUCUAUGAUUAUGCAUACCAAUACUUAAUGGAAUAUGAUGAAUUGCAUCCAAUUUUGAGAAAAUACUGGAAAGAGCUAUUCAUAUAUGGCCUAAUGAAUGCGAUUCUUGUUUCAAUAGGAGCUUCUGCCAUACAUUUAUGUUUGGCUCCUGAUGGAAAUUCUUCUCCGAUUUACACCUGCCUCUGGCACAUAGGAUUUGGUUCUUCCCAGAGAGUUGGAUUUGCAGUAAUGCUCAUAAUAUUUUAUAUUGAUUUGACACAAGAGGGUUUGAAUAGGUUUAAAAAGCAAGCGGAUGAUCUGAAGGAACAGGAAGAUUUGGCACAAAGAAGGGUGAACAAGAAUCAGAACGCUAACAUUUUCAAAGAUAAAAGUACGGUAAUGAAUUUUUGCAAGAGCAGAGACGUAGAUGAAGACAUUCUUCUGGAGUCAACCCCGCCUUUGAACCCACCAUCAAUUUUACAUAGCCCCUUGCUCAAAAAGUCCACAAAAGUUGAACAGAACGAAUCAAUAAAACUGGUUUCUGUAUCAAGUGUCGAACACUUUGAAGAAAGCUACGUUCCUCUUCUGAGAGAAAGAUUAGAUGAAGAAACCAAUAAAAGCAGUAAAACAAUUCCAUCAAAAAAUUUUCUACUUAGUACCAUGGUAAAGAUAAUCGUAUUUACAUCAACCUUCCUUCAGCAACCUGUUAAGACAAUGAAGAAGUUAAUGCCAUAUAAAAUAUACAAUUCUGUCAGAAAGGCAAUAAACGCCCCAACUUAG